GGCCCCACUUUAUAUUAGGUGUCUUUAAGUACUAUGUACUAACAUUUAAAUUAAUCUUUUAAUUAUUGUGUACAUACAUGUUUUUACUGAAUUCAUUUUAUUUCAAAUAACAAAAAUGUUAAGUUUUAGUUUUAUGAUAUGUGGAUCUGCUACGGCCCUUUUAAAGGGUCCUGGGGACGUUUGAAUCUCCUGUUUCUUACUUGUUUGCCUUCCCUUGACCUUUAGUGUAAUCUGACGUCGUAACUGAGUUAGUUUAAUCUUGUUUUCAAUCUAACUGCUCCCAUUACAGAUUGCUGGUCUCCUGUUGACUUCCAGCACCUUACACGGUCGAAUCCUGUAAUGUGAUCGGGCAGGUAAAAUCCCUCCUGGGUUGAAACAGGAUUCACAGCCUUAAACCGCACGAACACAUACACUCAUGUGCGCACAUUUUCCAUAUGAGGUUGCAUCAUAUGUGUCAUGUUUUAAAUCUGCAUUAUGCCUUUGUAUACAAAUAUGCAAAGCCCUACAGGUAGAUAAAACCAAUGCAUUAAGAAUAUAGAUGAUUGCUAACAUGAUUUUUUUUUUUUUUUACCCACAGUCGUCAUGAACAGUAACCUGUGUAGGUAUGUGCUGAGUCACUGGCUUUGUGUUGUUUUUGAGACUCAUUGCUCACAGUAUAAUUUACCCUCAGUCGCUCAACUCUGACCCCGUCUAACAAUAAUCAGCAUGCAUUUUUCAUCAGCCUUGGCAACUGCUAUCCAUUACAGCCGAACCGCUCUUCAUAAACUUCCUGGGCACCGUUAGACACCAGCUGAAGGUUUACACUGAAUACAAACAGAUGCAAUGCUGUUGAAAUAGAGCAAGUGAAGGACAAGAGAGCAACACUGAGACACAAUGAAACACGCCGAGCAUCUCAGAGGAAUGAAUGGAUGGUGGAUGCAGCGAGCGGCACCUCUGCUGUUGUUCUUUUGACACUCCUCCAAGGUUUUUGGACUUUCAUUAUUGCUUGCGUUUCCAAGUGUCAUCUAUUGCUGGAGGCACUAGAAGAAUGGCCUCAUUUCUUUAAAUGCAUGAGCUGACACUGCUGACACAAAUAUGGCUUUUGCCCAGGGUUUCUACAAAAUCAGCCCGGCAAAAGACAACCAGGAGCCUCCGCAGCCCUUCCCAACAUAUCCUCAUACGUCCACUGGGUUUCCUCCAGAUCUGCUGUCCACCUGCCCGAAGCUUUUAAACACGGCUCUUCCUCUGCUCACAGUUCCAGUAAUGACGGAAACGCCGCUCACCUUGAUACCUGGAACUACACUGAAAGGCCCGGUUCCCCAGAAUCUCACAGAUGUGGCUCCUCAGCUGGCAGAGCUCCCUCUAUACGGAACAGGAAGUGCCUCCAUACCGUUUCCUCUCCAUCCUGUUACGCUGUACACGUCCACACAUCCACAGAUCUCUCCUGGUUGUGUCCAGCUGCUGGGAAUCUCUGAAUUGGCUCCCUACACACUAUCAACACUCAUGCCACAUCUGCCCCGAUUAUCACCUCCUGAGAGCGACUCCUCACCCCUCACAGACACUAAAGCCACCUCAAAAGAGAUCACCUUACAAGAGGGAGGCAUUAACAUUAGUGUUUCUAAGAACUCCUCUACAGAUGAGGCAGAUGUCUCUGGGUUCAGACUCUGUCCAUCAUGUCCGUCACGUCUGGCGUUAAUUACAACCCUCAUCCCCACCUUCAUCAUCCUCACCGUCUGCAUUGCCAUUAUAGUAAAGUUUGUGUGCUUCCCAACCAAAGUGCGAGACCCUGCUGGCGGCUCACAGAACUGCACCAUCACACCAACACCCUUCUAUUCGGUGAAAUAUCCAGCCAACUCCACCAUCAGCAUUCCCUCAAAUUGCUCCACCACAAUGAUUGCUGCGUCUCGUGGGAUGCGUAUUGUCGGGGGUACGGAGGCUGCAAAGGACCAGUGGGGGUGGCAGACCAGUUUACACUGGCGGGGCAAACACGUGUGUGGAGGAGCCAUCAUUACCCCUCACUGGGUCGUCACUGCCGCACAUUGCUUUGUACAAUAUGACAUGAUGCUGGAGUCUGAUUGGAUCGUGGUGGUUGAUACUAUCAGUGUCUCAGAUUCGUCUCAGGGCAAACGCUACAACACACUGCAAAUACACCCGCACCCACAAUUCUCAGAGAGCAACAACGACUACGACCUGUGUCUGCUGCGCACGCAGACUGAGAUGGAGAUGGGAGAUGGAGUGAGACCCGUGUGUUUACCGCGUCUGAGUGAGUCUUUUCCUCCUGAUUCGCCCUGCUGGGUAACAGGUUGGGGUUACACUCAUGAAGGAGGGUCGGUGUCUUCACACUUGAGACAGGCUUUAGUUCAGGUGAUCGAUCAGUCCAUAUGCUUACGGCCCAACGUGUACGGCUCCCAACUCACUCCCAGAAUGCUUUGUGCUGGCGUUAUGGAGGGAGGAGUGGACUCCUGUCAGGGUGACAGCGGAGGUCCUCUAGUGUGUCAAACGGAAGCAGGUGAUUGGAGGCUGGCUGGUGUGGUGAGUUGGGGAGAAGGAUGUGGAAGACGCAAUAAACCAGGCGUCUACACCAGAAUCACUCCGCUUCUGCAGUGGCUGGAUGAAUACAUCAGUGUAAAUGCAAACAACACCAACGGACGAAAAUGAAGAGGCAUUCUCGAUGGCCACCACAAAGGAUAAUAACUUUUGAAAAUUUAGUAUUGUUAUACAAUGUCUUAAUCUUACAACAGAUAAUUGAAACUUUGACUUGAAGCGGAUAUCAUCUGUAAUAUAGGCUGCAAUAAA